AUGCCCCUCCUGAAAGCAGAUGAGGAAAUGCUGCGUAUCCCUUGGGUGUAUAUAAUCAGGGUCACCUGGUCCAAUGGUUCCACAGAAGUCAUUUAUCGACGGUACAGCAAGUUCUUUGACCUUCAGAUGCAAAUGCUGGACAAAUUCCCGAUGGAAGGAGGGCAGAAGGAUCCCAAACAGAGGAUCAUCCCCUUUCUGCCAGGUAAGAUCCUCUUCCGUCGAAGCCAUAUCCGGGAUGUUGCAGUCAAGCGGCUGAUACCCAUUGAUGAAUACUGCAAGGCCCUGAUCCAGUUGCCACCCUACAUCUCCCAGUGUGAGGAGGUUCUUCAAUUCUUCGAGACAAGACCUGAAGACCUGAAUCCCCCUAAAGAGGAACCCAUUGGAAAGAAGAAGUCUGGGUUUAUCCAGAGAACGGCUUCUUACCUUCAGAGAGGUGGUGACUUUGCAUCUGUAGAUCUGGUCCUGGAGCAAUAUGUGGUGGUUGCAGAUUACCAGAAACAGGAGAGCUCCGAGAUCAGCCUGUGCGUGGGCCAGACGGUGGAUAUCAUUGAGAAAAAUGAAUCAGGCUGGUGGUUUGUGAGCACAUCUGAUGAGCAAGGCUGGGUCCCAGCUACAUGCCUGGAAGCUCAGGAUGGAGUCCAGGAUGAAUUCUCUAUGCAGCCUGAAGAAGAAGAGAAAUACACAGUCAUUUACCCAUACACUGCUAGAGACCAGGAUGAAAUGAACCUAGACAGAGGGGCCGUGGUGGAGGUGAUCCAGAAAAACCUGGAGGGUUGGUGGAAAAUAAGGUAUCAGGGACAAGAGGGCUGGGCCCCUGCAUCAUACCUGAAGAAGGGAAGUGGGGAGAUGUUUACACAAAAACUGGGUUCAGGCUCUUCCACCCACUCCUCAGCUCUGGAUCUGGAUGGCAUUUCCCGCCAGCAGAACUCAGCAGGCCGAGAGAAGGAUGGCCCCAACAACCAGAGAGAUGUGAGAUUUGAUGGUCGCUUGCAACCAAAUGCUGACAUCCGACGCAAGUCUCCAAAGAUGAGGCAGAGACCCCCUCCUCGCCGAGAUCUUACUAUACCCCGUGGUUUGAACCUACCUAAACCUCCUGUCCCUCCCCAAGUGGAAGAGGAAUAUUACACCAUUGCUGACUUCCAGACCACCAUCCCUGAUGGCAUCAGCUUCCAGGCAGGAAUGAAAGUGGAGGUGAUUGAAAAGAACCUGAGUGGCUGGUGGUACAUUCAGAUUGAUGAAAAGGAAGGCUGGGCCCCAGCUACGUUCAUUGACAAAUACAAGAAAACUAGCAAUGCAUCUAGACCUAACUUCCUGGCACCAUUACCUAAUGAGAUGGUCCAGCUCCGACUUGGUGAUGUCACUGUGGAAGACAGUGCCAGUGAAGAAGCCACUGGGCCAUGCAGACCUCUGCCUGAGGCACCACCGAAUGGCAUGGACUGUGGAACAAAAUGGGCCAAAGACUGGAAGGGAAAGGACUCCCUGGAGAGUGGGGAUUUAGCUGUAGCCUCUGGGUAUGAAGAGAUCCCUGAUCAGGAUAUAGAAGAGAAGCCCAGCCUCCCACCCAGGAAGGAGUCCAUCAUUAAAUCUGAAGGUGAGUUCAUGGAGAGACAGAGGCCUCCACCCAAGCCCCCGGGCAUGAUUUUGCCAAUGAUCCCUCCAAAGCAGACACCUGCUCCCAGGGACAGCAAGAAACCAGAGCUGAAAACAGAAAAAGGCAAAUUGUUCCAGCUGAAAAAUGAAAUGGGUCUGGAAUGCGGGCACAAGGUGUCAGCCAAGGAAGUGAAGAAGCCAAACCUGCGACCCAUCAUCAAACCAGCCAAGCCCAAAGCUGAGCCCUUGGAGGACAAGCCUGAGCCAACUACCCAGAAUCCUUUUUUGAAAUCAAGACCUCAGGUCAGGCCCAAACCAGCUCCAGCCCCAAGAACAGACCUGCCUCCAGUAGAUGAUAAACUGGAUAUUUGCAGUCUAAGAAGUAAGCUUAAACCUGCAAAGUGCCAAGAGAGGUCCUCAGAGCAGGACCCUGGGGCUAGUGAAAAUUCCUUCAGUAACAAUGCGCUCCCAGCAGAUGCUCCUGGCUGGCCUCAGGAACAACCGAGUGCCGAGAACAGGCCCCUGCCCAAACAGGACAGCCAGAUCCCAAAGGAGGCUCCACCAAAAGCUCCCUUUGGCCCAGCAAAGACGACUGACAGUGAGCCAAAGAAUGGCUUCCCCAUUGUCAGGGAGCCACCACCUCAGCGGCCAGUGGUACCACCCAGGAGGCCACCUCCUCCAAAGAAAGCAACACCUUGCUCCAGCGGCUCUACUUCAGACCUGAAAGCUCCUCAGAGGGAAGUGCCUGACCUCAGAGCUGCCUCAGUGCCUGGCAGGCCCAUGCUGGUCCCACCGAAAGCUAAACCAUUCCUGCCUGCUUUGGGCCAAGAUGAAGCCAAAGUGAAAAGCAACUUAGGCCCAAAGGUAACACCCAGGCAGGUGGAGAGAGGAGAAGCUAAGGAGAGGACAGCUGCUCCCUUCCCCAAUCCAGAUAUCUCCAAAGAAGCCCUCUAUGUGGCAGUGGCAGAUUUUGAAGGAGAUGAGGAAACUAACAGCUUUAAAGAAGGGACUUUAUUUGAAGUUCGUGAGAAGAACAGCAGUGGCUGGGGGUUUUGCAAAGUCCUAACUGGGGGGGCUUGUUGGGAAGGCUGGAUUCCUUCCAAUUAUCUAAGAAAGAAGCCAUAGUCUGCCCUCUGUUUACACAGUUGGAGGUUCCCAUUCUUUCACCUGAGUAUUUAAUUAGCUUAUUAAUUUAUAGUUUUCCAUAAUUCUGGCUUACAAAAUAUUUGGGAUACUAUACAUUCCAGUCUGUGCCAUUCCUGAGGCUGAACUCAAGAAGCAGCUUGACAUAAUACAGCUAGGCCUCCAUUCCCGCUCUGUCUGCUGCUCUCCCCCCACAGGAAAUACUCCCCUCCAUUGUCUAUUUGGGGCUGCCCAGCCCUUGUAGAUGGGUAUGUGAAGUUGUUUCACAGCAAGUUUUUGGGUCUAUGUUAGCAAAUACAGCUUUUCCCCCAUGCUAGGACAAUGACAGACUUUUUGCUAAGAAUACAGGUAGACCAGAGGAAAUCCAGCCUCUAGGCAGGUAAAGAAACAAAGCCAGCCCCAUGUGCCCAAAGGAAAUUUGGAAUGGCAAAAGGAGUUGCUUUUUCUGGUGGCUCAGGGCCAUGGUUAGGUGUCAUGCAUCAUAUUGCCUAGUGUAGCCAUAUACAUAAGUCAUGGAAAACCAGGGAUAUCCUUCAGCAUCAAAUCCUGUAAGAUUGCUGUGUGUGCACACAUCUGCAGAGUGUUUCUUGUGAUCAUAUAUUUUGCAAGAGUUCAGGUUUGUGCCUUCUUCCCCCUUGUUUGUGCCAUGAAACACAGUUCUUUAGCUCCUUGUUUUUUCUUUAAUGACAAGUGUUAAUUUAAACAUCAUUCAGGUUUUUUUAAAGUAUGCUAAUGGGAUGGGAGAACCUCUCUGUGCUGAAAAGACUUGUACGUGGCAGUAUUUUGGACAAGCAGUGGAAUUCAUUUCACUUCAGUAGGUGGUGGGAGCAAUGUGCCAUGUUAUCCAGGGGGAUCAGAAAUAAGGACUUGAAAACCCCAUAAGCCCUGGGAAGAGAAGGGUGCUGGGAGAAUGCUUGCCCUCCUCCCCCCUACUGACUACACCUCUGCUUUUCCUAUAGACUGCUAGGGAAGUCAUGUUCUUCACCCAUGCUGCUCCCCAGAGCUGGCAGGCAGCUACAAGAAGGCAGCUAUGCCACAGCAGGUGCUGGUAUUGUCUAGUGCAGUCUAAGAGUAUGGGGUUGCCCUUCAAGGUGAAUAGUUAUAGGGUAUAUUGGGCUCUUCUAGUGCUCAGGUGGUGUUAUGUCUCCUCAAGUUAAAUCAUCCUUCUGUUCACUCUUGUUCUGCUUUACUUUGCUGGGGGAGGGGGUGAAGUGAGGGAGGGCAGUGCCUUUUUUUGAUGCCUUGUGUCCCAUUACAGAAAAAUCUCUCUCUCUCUCUCUCUCUCUAACCAUAAAAGCCUGUUAAACUCCCUCUGAAAUAGUUUGCCUUUCUGUUCCUCAUCUGUAUUUCCCACUGUUUUCUAAGUAUGUAGUUUGUAUUCAUUUUCAUGCAUAGGUCAGUGUGCUUGGAGGCUUUAAGUCAAAUAAAGUCUGGGUUUUUCCAUGCUCACUAUCCAAUCUGCUACACCUUGCUCACAGUAUUAUAAUUCCACUUGCUCUCAAUAUUGUUAAUCCCAGGAAAGCUGGUUACAUCCAGUUGGCCACAACUCCUUCAUGUUGUUUCCUUUCUUUUUAUACUAUGGUACUUGGGUACUUGUGGACUCCAGACAUUGCUUUCCCUAUCAUGUAAGAGUUUUAAACCCCACUAAAGGUUUUCCGUUGGGGAAAACUUUAGGCCCAAGUUUUCCCUACCCCAUACUCAUUGCACCUAGCUGCAGAUCUGACUUCAGAGAUGUAUAGUUUCUAUUGUUGAACUUAAUGUAGCAUUUCCUCUAAUGGGGGGCCAAAAGAGUCAAUCACUGAAGUUGUUUUCCUUCCUUCCUAUUAGUUGAACUGACUCCACCCCUGUUCAUCCAAUAUUCCCUUUUAAAGGUUAACAGAAGAUUUUAACUCUUAGUUUAUAGAGCAGAAACAGGGAGAACAGCUCUGUCCCUCGCUAUUAUUUUAUUUCAUAAUUAGAAUUUAUGGGCAAUGUAGUAAUUAAUAAUCUCAUUGCUCUGCUGAGACGCAGUAACCCUAACUUAUAUAGCAGUCAAUAAACAAGGCCUCUCAUGGUAUUUGUGAUACAGUUGUGUGUGCCCUACAGAAUGAGGUGACAGUUUAACAGAAAAGCAUGUGCUUUGUCUCUUUGCACCGUUGCUCAGUUAAAACUCUGUGUCAAUAGGGACAUGGCUGAUUAUGGGUUAAGCUGGGCCUGUCUAUCAGUCUUUUUUUUUUUCCAAACAGAGCCAGACAGUAUUGUCUGCCCUCCCUCCCUAGCCCAUCCUCCCUCCCCAUCCCAUGUUGCUUUUGGUGUAUGUUUUAACCAAUGAUUGAUAUAAACUGUGUACACUUUCCCUGUGGCAGUGCCAUCUUAUUCUCUGUUUAUUGUGUGGCAUUUUAGUCCUGAGGUAUUUCAUCUCUCUCUGUCACUCUUAGACCUCAUUGAUCUUUGUCGUGCUCACAUGGAACAGUGCCAUUUCUGUUGCUCUCAUGCUAAAAUAAGGUUCUCUUCUUUUUCCCUCCCAGACUAAAUGCUGGUGCUGUUAAUGCCCAAGUGUAAAUGUUUCAUAUUGUAGGAUACACAUACUGUAUUUGGCUGCAACUCAUAACUGCAGCAUCAGUCCAUAGUUACAUAAAGGUGUAAAGGUGUCACAGUGCUUACCAGCACCUGCUGUAUAUCAGAUGGGUUCAUUGGGUCAGAGCACUAUGCACUGCUCUCAGACUUAAAGAUCAGAAAUAACCAUCUAAUGUCCCUGCCACUUUCUUCUGGUUUACAUAUUUGAAACGGAAAGGGAUUCCAGUAUCAAAAGUAAUCUCAGUAAGGAAGAGCUUGAGUCACGUUCCCCAAAUACUGUACUCUUCUACAUGAUGCCCCACUCUUUCAUCUAAUAUCCGCAACAUAGAUCCUCAGACCCAGAGAGUGUGAUCCAGUGCUUGAGUGCAGGAGUGCCUGUGCUGGCUCCCUCACUUUGUUCCUGAAGCCCUGUGCUCCAGGGCAGGAUGUGUCACAUGUCUGUGCCUCAGUUUACCCAUCUGUAAAAUGAGGUUAAUUUUACCGACCUACCUCGCUGGGGGAUUGCUCGGUUAGUUAAUGUUCAUGAAAGCACUUUGAGAUUCGAAGCUGAAAGGCACCAGAGAAGGACUGAACAUCAUUCUCCAUGCAAAUCCCAGGUACCAUCACAUAAUUAGAUGGCCCCCUCUGCUGCAAAGUACCUGCUUGCCAUGUAAUUCUCCUUACUAUGCAACUCAGAGACUGGCAUUCCCUGUGUGGGUGAAGACCAGCAUGUCUCCUGUAUCCUGACCCUCGGCUUUGCAGUUCUUCAACGCAGUGUACCACAGGCAGGCUGGAGGCCUCUCAACUGCACUUCACUCCUUUGUGAACUAUAGAAGCCUGUUUGUCUCUUUAUACUAUGUAAACACGUAUACAUCUCUACAUUAUUGCGGGUGGAGGUGUCUGAGGAAAGUAGAUGUAGCCUAUGUAAAUGCCAUAGCUAUACUUUUGCCAUUAUAGGGUUGAUUAUUUUUUGUUUUGUUUUUUGUUUUUGAAUAAAAGUUGCUUGACUGGUUUCAAGCAGAUUUGUGAACAGGUCUGUGCCUGG